AAAUAUUUUAUAUAUACAUAUUUAAGUGCAGUAGUUUCAAAAAGGUAUAAGAAAGGAGCAUUAAAUUGUCAAAAAAGAAAUAAUUUUUCUUAUAUUUAAAUUUAAUUUUUGAGAUGACUAGAUUAUAGGGUCAUUAGCGAGAAAACCUGAAAUAGAAGAAGAAUAUGGAUGAAUCAACGACGCAGCAAAGCGAAUGGAAGAAUGAAUUGGAACAGGAUCAAAGUACUGAGAAGAAUGACCCAAUUUCUUUAUUUACUGAAAGGUUGGAAAACUUUCGAUAUUAUAUGAAGUCGCAUAGUCGACCGCGGCAGCAAACGCUUCGUUCCUUCGUGAACAAAGAGUCGGAGAUGGUAGAGGAGUUCUCUAAAAUUGGAAGGAAUCCAAUCAAGGAAAGAAAAUCCAAAAUUUCCGGGAAUACCAUAACGUCUCGGGUGCAAAAGUCAUUCAAGGAGCUACAUCCCAGCCCCAAGAAAAACACAAGAAAGGAGAACAUUGGAAAGGGAAUAAGAUCGCCGUUGGGUUUCUUUGGUCACGUUAUCCCAAAAAAGAAACCAAUUAUACCUUUGAAACCUUCGUCAGGGAUUGACUUGGAGCGUGCAAUAAGGACGAAAGUAAGCAAUACAUUAAUUGAGCCACGGAUUGCAAUUUUGUGUGCCAAGAAUCAAAAAAUUGUCUUCUCUAGGGCUUCGGGGAAUCAAAACCCUGAACGUGAAUUUUCCGAGAGCAAAUUACCGCAAAAAGUAGCUCCAUAUCUAUGGAUCUAUCCGUCCCGAAUCCUACAUAAUCAAGUCGUUGAUGAGCACGGAUACCUCAUGUAUUACGGACACCCUACUAUGGACGUGGAAUAUCAGUUGCAUGAAAACAAGCAUACUUUGAAAAGGAUUAAGGAAUCCUAUGAUUUGGAGAAAAGUGGUACGUAUUUUGGAAUGUCGGAGUUUCCCACAUCAGAUGCGAGUGAAGAAUCUUGUGACUCUUUUGAAGUCUUGGAAGCGCCUGCCGAUGAGGUUAUAAAUGAAGAUGAUGAGUUCAAUGGAUUGACCACUCCAAAGUAUUCAAGUAUACUGAACUCUUCCAAUAUCACUAGGUUUUUUCAGAGUCCUAAAGGAAAGAGGAUGUAUGCACAGUUUUCAAAGAAGGACACUGUAAAUGCCUCAGUUUCCUUUCUCCAACUUCAUAAUGAUUUAUUAAGUCAUGGAGUACCUGUUGACUUUUGUACAUUGAAUCACUGGUUGGAUGAACGAAACAUUUCUUAUGUGUAGUUUUAUCGCUUUAUCUUUACGAUGUUUGGGUUAUGUAAUUAGUUUCUUUCGUUUAAUGAUGGAUAAUGAUAUUAUAAUUUUAGGAAUUUCUAAUCUAUUGAAACACUUUUUCUACUGUUGCUCUA